AUGGAGCCCCCAACAAUAUCAUCAUUUCUUCUCACGUCGUUGUUUCUCUUCACCACCAUCACCCUUAACACUUUCUCAUCCUAUGCUUCUCAACUCACUUACACAGAUCACUGUGCUUCUGUGGUUCUAUACUCAAAUCCAAACGAGUCCAAGUUCAAACUCUUCCCACAUGGUCAAUUCCAAGCUGGUUACUACCUUGGUGGUGACACAAUUGUUGGUGCUGACUCUAUCAGAACCUUGAGACAGAAACAAGUUACCCUUAGAGUCAAGAGUGUGUAUGAAACUGAUGUCUUAGGCAUACUCAACAUUGGAGCAACAUUGAUCCUACGUAGUGCCUCUUCCUACUACCGUGUGGGAAACUCCACACGUGGCAGUAGAUUGAAGAACCACAAGCGUUUUCCAAGUUCAAUGACCUUUAGGCUUGAUGGGUUCUGGUCAGAAUCUUCAGGGAAGCUUUGUAUGGUUGGAACAGGAUCUGGCUAUAACAUGCAACGUUUUGAGGUUGUUUUCAAGCUUUACAAUGUUGUCAAUUCUAGGAAUACUAUUUCUACUUUGCUUACUGGAAGCUUGGAGAGCUUGAGUUCUGAGCAUGAGGUGAGUUAUUUUGAACCCAUUUCUAUUUUUAUUCUUCCAAGAAUGGAUUAUGAAUAUACUUUGAAUAAUUAUACUAAAGAAGCUAAGAAUGAGUAUUCUGAUGAAGGUCUAGUGCCAGGUUUAUCCAUUAAUCCGGGUGGUUUUUGCUCAAAUAUUUUUUCAAUGAUUAAUGGUAAAUUUGAUUUGCAAUAUAAUAGGGAUUGCAAUUCUGCAAAGAAUUGUAGUCCUAUUAAUAGGGGUGAUGCCAACCAAUUGCCUUAUAUUGUGUCUCUGAGAGAAUUGGUUUGUUCAGAUGUUAAGCAAAAAGUGAGAGUGUUGAUUGGCUUUCGCAAUAGUGGUGCUCGCUGGUCUUUCAAUCCUAAUGCUACAUUUGUCGGAGAAGGGUGGUGGGAUGAGAAAAAUAACCAAUUGUAUAUAGUUGCUUGUCAUUUCUUGGGCAUGGAAGAAUCAGUGGCUAGUGUUCAUGUGGGUGAUUGUUCAACAAGAAUGAGCUUGAGGUUUCCAAAGAUAUGGUCAAUCGAAGAUGCAAGUAGCAUUGUGGGCCAAAUUUGGAGCAACAAAACUGAGGGGGAUUUGGGUUAUUUCAAGAGGAUGGUUUUAAGAACUCCUCAGGACAGAAGGAUUGAAAUAUCUGGCAUAAAGUAUGAGUAUAGCCAAUUGGACAAAGUCAGAAAGAUGUGUCCAAGACAAGAACCUUUGAAGAACAAGGGAAUAAGGUAUCCAGAUAUAUAUUCUCCUGAUAUGAGAUUUGACAUGUCAGUUAGAAACUCUAAGAGGAGAAUUGCCUGGGGUUAUUCUGUUCCAUUGGUUGUUAAUGAUCAGAUUCAACUGUGGGACUUCGAUGAAACCUUUCCUUCUAACUCCACCUAUGCACAUCCAUUCAUCUCUACAAACUCCAGCAGCUCUGGCUUCUACAAUGUUAGCUACAAAAUCAGCAUCAAUCUACUACCUAAUGGCAAGUUAGGAGAAGAGAAGCCUAUGUUAAAUACUACAACAAAUGCAACUGAGACCAUGAAUGUUUCAGCUGAGGGAUUUUAUGAUGCUGAAGCUGGAAGCUUAUGUAUGGUAGGUUGCAGAUAUCUUGGCUCAAAGAACCAAAUACCAACAACAAAUUCUGUGGAUUGUGAGGUUAUUGUCAAGUUUCAGUUUCCACCACUACCUGCAGAGAACAAUGGUUAUAUCAAGGGAAGUAUUGAAAGCAUGCGCGGAAAUUCAGAUCCUCUUUACUUCAAGCGGUUGGACAUGACUUCAGCGGCAUUUUACACAGCAGAAGCAACACAAAUCUUAAGGAAAAUAGAUAUGGAGGUCAUAAUGAUUCUGGUUUGUACCACACUAGCAUGUGUUUUUGUGGGCUUACAACUUUACCAUGUGAGAAGAAAUCCCGAUAUGCUUCCCUUAGUCUCCUUUGUCAUGCUAUUGAUUCUUACUUUGGGAAAUAUGAUACCUCUUGUUCUGAACUUUGAAGCCCUUUUUGCACAAAAUCAUGACAAGAAAAGCGCUUCACUUGGAAAUGAAUGGCUUGAAGUAAAUGAAAUUGCUGUAAGGCUAGUUGUAAUGGUAGCUUUCUUGUUGCAACUUCGACUCCUGCAGGUAACUUGGUCAUCAAGAAAGGCCGAUAUAAAGCAAAAGGACCUUUGGAUUGCUGAGAUGAAGGUUUUCUAUGUGAUUUUUCCUCUAUAUGCAGCAGGGUUCUUAAUUGCAUUGCUUGUACACCAAAACAAUAUUUUGCAUGGUGAAAUGGUGUCUUCAUCUAGCCUUUUAGACCACCAACAGCACUCAUAUUGGGAGGACUUGAAAUCUUAUUCAGGGUUGGUACUAGAUGGCUUUCUCUUGCCUCAAAUUUUGUUUAACUUGUUUUGGAAUUCCAAGGGGAACGCUCUUUCAUUUUCAUUUUACUUUGGAAUCAGUUUGGUGAGAUUGCUUCCUCAUGCAUAUGAUCUCUUUGAGUCUCUUGUUUAUGUUGAUGGUUCAUCCUUAUAUGAGGAUGAGAUUGCAGACUAUUACUCCACUGUUUGUGAUAUAAUCAUUCCUUUGGUAAGCUUGAUGUUUGCUGUAAUUAUCUAUUUGCAACAACGUUUUGGUGGUUGCAGCAUUCUUUCUUGGAGAAUCAAAGGUAUAGAAAAAUAUGAAAAGGUGUCAGUUGUGACUGAGGGAUAG